GUUGCUUUCUUUGGUUUUGGUCAAGCUGCCGACAUUUCAAUAAAGCUUGACGAUGCUGAUACGAGAAAGGUUGCCAAAAUACGUGGUGAAGAUGGAGGCCAGGAAGCUCAUUAUUUAUUUUAUGAUGGAGAGUCAGUUUCCGGCACUGUUAAUAUUGCCGUGAAAAAAAAGCUAGAUCAUCAAGGAAUUCGUAUUGAAUUCAUAGGGCAAAUAGAGAUUUAUUAUGACCGUGGAAAUCAACAUGAUUUUAUAUCCAUGGUAAAGGAAUUGGCUCGCCCAGGUGAAAUUACGCAGAACACAAGUUUUGCUUUCGAUUUUCAACAGGUGGAGAAACCAUACGAGUCGUAUAUUGGAACCAAUGUUAAGCUGAGGUACUUUUUGCGAGUUGUUGUUGUAAGGAGGCUUACAGAUAUAGUCCGAGAAAUGGAUGUUAUUGUGCAUACGUUGAGUUCGUAUCCCGAUACGGAUAACAGUAUCAAAAUGGAAGUUGGUAUUGAGGACUCCCUUCACAUUGAAUUUGAAUAUAACCGUUCAAAGUAUCAUCUAAAAGAUGUGAUAGUUGGAAAAAUUUACUUUCUUCUCGUUCGAAUAAAAAUCAAGUAUAUGGAAAUAGCAAUAAUCAAGAAAGAGACUGUUGGCACACCUCCCAAUGUAUUUAGUGAGAAUGAAAAUAUAGCGAAAUAUGAAAUAAUGGAUGGCGCUCCUGUGAAAGGUGAGUCUAUUCCAAUUCGACUAUUCCUUUCUGGUUACGAACUUACCCCAACGAUGCGUGAUAUCGCAAAAAAGUUUUCUGUAAGAUAUUAUCUGAACCUUGUGUUAGUGGAUGAGGAAGAUCGACGAUAUUUUAAGCAACAGAUUUAUAUAGCUAAAAAGCUUUUCUUAGUUCUUUUGAGCUUUCAAAAAUGUUCUUUCAUUACAUCGGUAUCACAAGACAUCAGGAUCGGUGAGGAAGAUGUGGUGAAUUGA